AUGACUGGUCCUGUCGUGUGCUCAGGCACCGAGAGCUCAUCAUACCGACCGUCUGAUGAGGAUCUGAACCAAAUCUGGCAAUGGAACGCAACUGUGCCUCUGUCCAUACCAGGCUGUGUCCAUGAUUUGGUAGCGGAAGUCACCAAGAAUCAACCUGAAGCUUUGGCUGUCGACGCCUGGGAUGGCCAGCUCACCUACGCAGAGCUGGAUGCGCUCGCUGGAGCUCUUGCACACCAGAUUGCAGUGCACGGGGUGCGUGAAGGCGACAUUGUGCCCAUCUUCCUGAGCAAAAGCAAAUGGAUGCCCGUUGCGAUGCUGGGCAUUAUCAAGUCUGGCGCCGCUGCAGUGGCUCUGGACACGAGCUAUCCGAAAGCGCGGCUCGAAAAUAUCCUCGACCAAACCACUGCAAAGCUGGUCGUCACGUCACCCGAUCUGCUCGAUCGAACUCCGGUAGCAGCUAGCCAUGAUGUCGCGCGGAUCCUACUGUCGGACUCCUUGUUCCCCUCGGCCGAGGCUGCCGGCUAUCUUCACAACAAACAGACCGUAGCAUCGAAUAUGGUCUAUAUCAGCUUUACAUCGGGCACCACGGGAUCGCCCAAAGGUGCUUGUAUGAGCCAUGCCAACGUCCGAAGUGCGGUGCACUAUCAGGGAAACAGUCUGGGCUUCCACACGUCGGCGAGAGUGCUCGACUUUGCCCCCUACUCCUUCGAUGUCGCAUGGAGUAAUUUUCUGCAUACCAUCUGUGCCGGGGGAUGUCUCUGCAUCGCACAAGAUCACGUGAUGCUUGAGGAUCUGGCUUCCGUGAUCGAAUUGUAUCGCUGCACCCUCAUUAAUGUCACGCCUACAGUCCUCCGAACACUCCAGCCUGAUUCUCAUUCACAAACGCUGGAAACCAUCUUACUCAGCGGAGAGCUGCCAUAUCCCGAAAACAUACAGCAAUGGGCGUCACGUGUGAGACUCAUCAAUUGCUACGGACCUACCGAAUGCACCUUCAAAUCCACCUUCUCCCAGAUCACAGGCUCACAUCGGGAACGACCCAGUAUUGGUCAUGGUAUUGGGGCGUGCACCUGGAUCGUCCAUCCGGAAGAUGAAUCCCAGCUGUCCCCCGUAGGCUGUGUAGGUGAGCUGUACCUCGAAGGACCGCUGGUGGGGAGCGGCUAUCUCAACAAUGAAGACACUACUUCCGCCGCAUUCAUUCGUGAUCCUCCAUGGCUGACCAAAGGCCAUGCGCUCUAUCCGGGUCGCCGUGGCAGACUAUACAAGACAGGAGAUCUGGUCAAGCAGGGACCCAACGGCCAGCUGUUCUUUGUGGGCCGUAAAGGAAGCACUGCUCAGGUCAAGAUCAGGGGUCAGCGAGUCGAGAUUGCAGACGUAGAGUACCACGUUCGCCAAUUGCUUCCCACCCCCUAUUUCGCCCUGGUGGACGUCGUGUAUCCUGCAGACUCCACCAUUCCGUUGCUCACAUUGUUCAUCGAAACCGCAGAUCACGAUCACACUCAGAUCACAUCAGCACUGGAUGACCUGAUCCAGAAGUUGCCUGAUGCUCUCCCUGCCUUUAUGCUUCCGUCUCUCUAUUAUCCACUGCGUCAGGUACCGCGAGCAUCUACAGGAAAAGCAGAUCGACGUGCCCUUCGUGAGACAGCAGGCGCUUCGGUCAUGUCGCAGCUAUUGGAACUCCAGUCCCAAAUAGUGCAUCGCCAUCCUUACAUCGAGCCUGUGAACCACCUCGAACGACAACUUCGCGACAUCUGGGCGGGAUUGUUGAAUAUGGACCCGAAGACCAUUGGUGCCAACGAUAAUUUCUUGCGCUUAGGUGGAGACUCGGUCAAGGUCAUACGCAUGCUCGCCAUUGCUCGACAGCAGAGGCUGCUACUCUCCAUCUCCAAUGUUCUGCAAGCCGCAUCUCUUCGAGAGCUCGCCAAGACUGUUCUGACAGCGGAUGAUACGGAGCUCUCAUCUCCGUUAGGCGAGCCCUUGGAGCUACUUGAUCCCAGAGUUGAUCGGAGCAGUAUUCGUCAGGCUGCUGCGAAGGCGUUGAACGUCGCACCAGAAGCGAUUGAGGACAUACUCCCGUGUACUCCCAUGCAACAAGGCAUGAUUGCGAUGACCUCGGUGCAGUCCGACAGCUAUAUACAUCAACUUGCAUACCGCAUGCCAGAAGACCUUGAUCGAGAAGCUUUCACGGCUGCCUGGCUGUAUGUUAUUGACGCCGCACCGCUACUGCGUACUCGAAUCGUACAUCUGCCGGGCGCCGAUAUGGUCCAGAUCGUCAUUCGCCAUGAUUCGAUCCAUAUUCAUCAUUUCUUCGAGAAUCUCUCUGAUCAAACAGCACCGCAUCGAAUGGGUCUAGGCUUACCUCUCUUUCGUGUGGACAUGUCUCCGCUGGGUCAUGAAGGCCGCCACCUCGUGCUCAGGGUGCAAAUGCACCACGCUAUCUUUGAUGGUUGGAGUCGAUCUCUCAUCUUUCAAGCCGUGCAGCAUGCAUACCGCAAUCGGUGUCACAAUUCACUACAACUAGCAUCUUUCCAGCCUUUUGUACGCUACGUGUUGAAGCAGAUACAAGACCCACUCACAGCCCAAUUCUGGAGUGAGCAAUUCCGUGACCACGAACCUGCUCCAUUCCUACCCGUAUGCAAGACAAAAGAAGUGAAAGAAGAGCUUCACAUUGAGGUGAAUGGCCUGGAGUGGUAUCGCACAGGAGUGACGCCCAGUUCAACACUUCGUGCUGCACUCGCUCUCCUCCUUGCGAAGCAUACGAACUCAGAUGAUAUCGUAAUCGGAGCCACUGUCAGUGGACGACAAGCGUCAGUAGCGAUGAUGGAACAGAUCGCAGGACCAACGUUUGCCAUUGUUCCCGUGAGACUGAAGCUGCAUUGGACCGAGACAGUUGGCCAUCUGCACCGUCGAAUACAAAAUCAAACCAUUGCCAUGUAUGACUACGAGCAAUUCGGCCUACACAACAUUCGUCGUACCAUGAUGAGCUCUGACUCUGGUGAUUCUGGUUUAUUCCAGCUUUUGCUCGUGGUACAGCACAAUGAUGAUGACCAGCCACACGAUCCCGAUGGCAAUAAUGAGCUCUUCUCUCAGCCUCUCCAGCCUGAUGCCAGCCAAGCAGCUGCCAGUAUCGCUCCCUUCAACUCCCAUGGCAUCAUGCUCGUUGCCUGCCCCACGGAGUUGGGGCUUCGCCUGGAUAUCAGCUUUGACACGGCAAUGCUCAGCAGAGUAGAGUGCGAAACAUUUGCUCGACAGUUGGAGCAUAUCCUACACCUCUUGUGCUCCCCUGAACAUCAGAAUACCAUGCUUCAGGAUCUGCCAUUCGUGUCUGAACGGGACAAGAAGCAAAUACUCGACUGGAAUAGGACCUUGUCACCGCCUCCCGUGCACAUAUCAGCCGUCGACAUGAUCAAAGAUCGGGUGCACACUCAGCCCGGCGCCAUCGCCAUCGCAGCUCACGACACCAACCUCACAUACCAAGAUCUGUGGCAUAUGUCAUCAAAAAGGUACAAUGUGAGAGGUCGGAAUGUGAUACUUUGCCUGGAGAAAUCAUCACCGAUGGUCGUUGUGAUGUUGGCAGUCCUCCGCGCGGGUGCAGUCGUGGUGCCCGUCUCGUCUUCGAUAUUGAUUGACGGCGCUCAGCAUAUUGGGAGAGUGUGUGAUCCGAUACUGUGUAUCACCUCUCAACAGCUCAGCGCCGCAUGUCCUUUCACUGCCACUAUCGUAACAGUGGAGGAGCUGCUGGAACAAGACACCAUUACCGACAGUGAUACGCUGCUGCAGCCUGAUGCCACCAUACAACUUUCCGAUCCCGCUUUUGUUGUCUUCACUCCUGGAACGACGACCGGCUCGUCCAAAGCUAUCGUGUGGACUCACCUGACGUUGAGCAGCAAUUUGAAUGCGGCCGCGGACUCGUUCGGACUGAGCGCCAGCAGCAAAGUCUUUCAGUUUGCGGCUUACGACUCUCAUGUUGCUAUUAUCGAGAGUCUAGCAGUGCUCUCUGUCGGCGGAAGUAUGUGUAUACCUGCUCCACAAGCAGACCCGUUGGAUGACCUGCCCCUUGCGAUCAACGCCGUUACAGCAAAUUGGAUCUGCCUGACUCCAUCUGUGGCCCAGCUCCUGGAGCCGAAGCAAGUGCCUCUAUUAAAGACGAUUGUGUUUGCUGGCGAGAAACUCACAUCUGCUACUGCUCGACCGUGGUUGAACUGUGGUGUAGCAGCUUUCAACUGGUAUGGGUCAGCGGAAGCUCCUGUCGCCACCACACACCACGCGCUCAUGCAUUCGACAUGGCCUACGGGCUUCAUUGGAAGAAGUUUACAUACACGCACUUGGGUCCUUGACGCUUACAACUCUGACAAGCUAGCGCCCAUUGGUAUGGUCGGAGAGCUUUGCAUCGAAGGUCAUAUCGUUGCAGAUGGCUACAUUUGCGGAGCGGACAACAACGCGGACAUGGGCACAUUUAGUGCUCCCAGAGCAGUGCUGGAGCAACUCUCUGCGACGAUCCAAGUUCACUCUGGCUCAUUCUGUCGUACUGGGGAUCUGGUCAAGUACGAUGCUGAAGGCAACCUCAUCUUCCUUGGCCGACGUGGCGAUAUAUGGACCAAGUUGCAUGGCAGACAGAUCAGGUUGGAUGAGGUCGAGACCACCGUCAUGGCAUAUUCUGAGGCUCAUGGUCGUCUCGUAUCGAGAGUCGCGGCCGAAGUGAUGACAUUGGCAGACGAUGACUCCGAGAGUUUGGUGCUGUUCCUCUGCGCCUUCAUUGAUACCUCUGAAAAGGGCGAAUCAAAACUCGACGACCACUUCAAUGCGCAAACGAUGAGUGAGCUUCGACAUUACAUGGCUGAGCAGCUACCAGCUUACAUGAUUCCCACAUACCUGAUCCCCCUGACUUCGAUUCCACUGGGUCGAACAGGAAAAGUCGAUAGAAGAAGGCUACGCGUACUCGCCAGUACUUUCACGAAACAACAUCUGUCGACGCUCUCGGGGUCUCAGGAGUCUGGGGGAGAAGCCGUCGAGCCACAAUCGCCGACGACAAGCACUCUACGUGACCUCUGGGCGUCCGUUCUGGGUCUCGAGUCCGGUCGUAUCAACACCUCUGAUCAUUUCUUUCGCCUGGGUGGAGAUUCGAUCGCCGCAAUGCGUCUUGUAUCAUUCGCUCGGUCACACAGUCUGCGUCUCACCAGCGUACAGAUUUUCCAGAAUCCUAUUCUCUCAGACAUGGCUGCUAUCGUCGUGCCAUGUGAAAGCCACGAGCCCGCAGAGAUCGAGCCACCAUUCUCACUCUUGAGACCGGGAAUCCGUGUAGAAGAUGCGCGUGCGGCCGCAGCCAGCCUGUGCAAUGUCUCGCCAACAGACGUGGAGGAUAUAUACCCGUGCACCCCGACGCAAGAAGGCCUACUCGCGCUGACUGCUCGUAAUCCGAUGCAAUUUGUCUCUCGGAGUGUGCUGGAGCUGCAGAGUGGCAUCGAUGCUUCAAGACUCCGACAAGCCUGGGCUGCUACUGUGGCUGCAUUACCGAUUCUCAGAACUCGCGUUGUGGAUCUUUUCGCAGGAGGCUUGGUGCAGGUCAUCAUCAAAGAUCUUCCUAUGCGUGACGCUUCGGUGGUCAGCGAAUACCUUCACGACGAUGAGCAAGAUGAAAUGUUCCUGGGAGAUGCUCUCUGCCGUGCUUGUCUCAUCGAUCGGUCCUUUAUCCUGACGAUUCAUCACAGCAUCUACGACGGCACUCUCCUUUCCAUGCUUUUGAAUUGCCUGGAAGACAAGUACUUUUUGACCAUCGGAGUGGAGAUGCUGCCCUUUCGCAGCUUUGUUGGUCAUCUCCUGAAGGCUCCGAAGGAAGACUCGGAAGAGUUCUGGAGAAAGAAAGUUGGCCAAGAUGCAUACCAGGCAUUCCCUCGACUUCCGCACGAUGCGUACGAGCCCAGGGCCAAUAAGGAGGUCACUCGAAUCAUCGACCUGGUUUGGCCUCUGCAUGGUGCAACACCGGCCAUCAUCAUCCAGUCGGCUUGGAUCACGCUUGUAGCGCGCCUCUUGUCGGACGCUCGCGUCGUCUUUGGAUAUGUUACCAGUGGAAGACAGGUCGAUCUCCCUGGGGUGGAAAACUGCGCGGGACCAAUAGUUUGUACCAUUCCCGAAGCCUUCUGUGUCGACUGGACCGAAAGUCUCGGUGCAUUCCAUGCUCGACUUCGACAGGAAGACAUCAUCACUCUGCCACAUCAGCAUUAUGGUAUCUCCAACAUUGCCCGAGCAGCCGGCAAAAUCAAUCCUCAAGACCUCUUCCAGACACUGCUCGUCGUUCACCCUAUUCCCACGGGAAAGGGUCUAUCGUUCAGCAACAAUUUGUUCAAAGCUCGCAGUUUCGGAGCUACUCUUGAUACUUUAGGCACGGAUCCUUUCAAUCCCCAUGCGCUGAUGGUGUCCUGCUGGCUGCAGCCCACAGGUAUGACCUUGGCGAUGAGCUUCGACGAUCAAGUCUUGACGGAAGCGCAAGUGAAAUUUCUCGCACAACACUUUGAUGGUAUUUUGCAGCAGAUGAUUCUUGGUGUCGAUCAGAGUGUCGGCAGCGUAUCGGCCCUCAUCAACUCGACGCAUGUACUUGAUUUCUGGACCACCCAAGCGACCCAGGCUGAGGGUCAGAGAGCUGUCCUCGGGAGGCAUGACUCUGCCAUGGCGGUUAUGAAAUCCCAGACAACAAGACAUGACGCUCUGCAAGAUUCUGGAGUGUCGAACGAAGACACAGCCCGGGUUCGUCAGCGGGCUGCCUCAUCAUUGUGCGGCGUCUGGACCGAGCAUGAUAUCGAGGAUGUGUAUCCGUUGACCCCUUUACAAGAAAGUCUCAUCGCCUUGUCCGAGCAUAGACCGGGAGACUACGUUGGACUUGAUAUCCUCCCCCUGGCGCCGUCGGUAGAUGUCGCUCAGUUCAAGCGGUCCUGGGAGGCUGUUGUUUGUGCAGCAGAGAUAUUACGGACCCGGAUCGUGGACAUCCCUGGCGAUGGGCUCGUUCAAGUUGUCCUCCGUGUCGCUGACGAGUGGUCCCCCGCGAAUACUAUGGCUGAGUUCUCCCGCAUACUGGAGCAAGAACCGCCUGGUUUGGGUAGGCCGCUCGUGAGGUAUGGUCUCGUUGACAGCCCCGACCAUUGUGGUCAAACCUUUGUGCUGAUGAUGCAUCAUGCGGCCUACGACGGUGUCAUGAACAUGCUCCUUCGCGAGACACUUCAGGCAUAUCUCCAGGAUCAGACUCCUGUCUCAAUCGUGCCAUUCAGACGUUUUGUCGACCAUAUUGCCAAACGGGAUCCUGUUGCUGACCUCGAUUUCUGGAAAUCACAAUUCACAGACCUGGACGUGCAGCAUUUUCCGAUGCUCCCUCGAAGUAGCUACCAACCUCGACCAGAUGCUGUGAUUAAACGCUCCAUCGAUAACUUGACCUGGCGUAGGCAGAACGACAUCUUGCCAUCGACGAUUGUUCGCGCUGCCUGGGCAAUUGUGUGUUCUCGAUACAACAACUCGCGAGACUCGGUAUUUGGUGCAAUUGUAUCUGGUCGUCAGGCUUCUAUGGACGGCAUCGAUCGAGUCUGUGGCCCAACAAUUGCAGCACUGCCCGUUCGAAUUCGAGUGGAACCACAGACCGAAGUUGGUACGAUUCUGCAAAGAAUCCAGGCCCAAGCAGUCGAAAUGGUGGCAUUCGAACAUGUUGGAAUGAAACACAUUUCCUCCAUCGACGAGAACUGUCGAGAGGCGUGCGGAUACCAUUCGAUGCUGGUGAUUCAACCUCAACAAGACAUGGCUCUGGCCGACAGCACUUGCUUCGACGUCCCUGCGAAAGGUCACGACGAAUCCACGAGCGCAUACCAUCGAUUCAACAGUCACGCUCUGAUGGCCAUCUGCACGCUUGGCAGCGAUAGUCUAUCGCUUCAGCUGAGUAUCGAUUCAAAAGUGAUGAGUAGCGACGUUGCCACUCUCUUCGCUGACCAUUUUGCUGAGAUCGUUCGGGGGCUAUGCGAGGCCGAAAGGGGAACAUUGAUAUCAGAUCUGAAUAUGACCACAGAACAAGACAUGGAACGGAUAUGGCGAUGGAACUCACCAGUAGCACUUCCAAAAGAACAGUGCAUACACGAUUUAAUCGCCCAAGUCGCACAAGAUCAACCUGAUGCUCUGGCGCUCUCCGCUUGGGAUGGUGAUUUGACAUAUCGGCAGCUGGACCAGAAAUCCACUACCAUUGCCCACAGAAUCAUGGGCGAGGAGCUGGAAGGCAACCAGAUCAUCCCUAUUUGCUUUGAGAAGUCUUUAUGGACUACAGUCGCCUUUCUGGCAGUGGUCAAGGCUGGUCAUGCUGUCCUAAUGCUCGAGCCCAGUCUGCCCGAGGCUCGACUUCGCGACAUGUUACGAAUUGUCCAGCCGAGUUUGAUGCUCUGCUCGUCCCAGCAACAUCACUUGUCCACGAGGCUGUGCGAGAAGGUCAUGGUCGUCGACGCAGAUACAAGUGAACAAUGGACAGAUCACUCCCAUCUUUCCCUUCCUCGCGUCAAGGCAACCGACCUGUUGUACGUCGUCUUCACAUCGGGAACGACUGGCGUCCCGAAAGGCUGCAUGAUUACCCACAGCAAUAUGAGUUCGGCAGUAGUGCUGCAGAGAAGCGCUCAUCGGCUAGACAGCACAUCACGAAUGUUUGAUUACUCUGCCUACUCCUUUGAUGCCCAUCACUGGCCUCUGAUCCAUGUCCUCUGUGCCGGCGGUACACUUUGUGUUCCCUCGGAGACGCAAAAGCAGGAUCAUUUACUGGAGAGCCUGCGCUCGUUCCUCGUGACCGAUGUUCUCAUCACACCGGCAACCGCUCGAAUGAUUGAUCCUGCUGCGGUGCCGACCCUCAAGAAUGCCAUCAUCGUGGGAGAUAAAAUCACCAGAGAAGAACUGGUUCCCUGGGUGGAAAAAUGCCAUGUGACUUACUGCUAUGGUCCUUCUGAAGCCUCCGCUUGGGCGACCAGCUGGGAAGUACCUUCACCGGUGCCAGAAACUAUUCCUAUCGGCCAGGGGAAUGGCCAGAUUACGUGGAUUGUCGACGUGAACACUCCCAGUCGUUUAGCCCCUAUCGGUACUGUCGGUGAGCUCGUGCUCGAGGGACCUCUUGUUGGGCAAGGAUAUCUGAACAAUGACUCUGCCACGCGACAGACCUUUAUCGAAAAUCCUCCAUGGCUGAGCAAAGGUUCUGGUGGCAACGGCAGCGGAAGACAGGGCCGAGUAUAUCGUACCGGAGACUUGGUCAAAUACCAUCCGACGGACGGCACCCUCAUCUUCAUGGGACGGAGAGAUAGUCAAGUCAAGCUCAACGGGCGAAGAAUUGAUCUGGGAGACAUUGAACAGCAUGUUAUCAAGCUCUUGUCUCUGAGAAUUCGAUCGCCACGGUUGGCAGCAGAACUGGUUACUCCUGAAGUCCUCUCCCGUCCCACGAUUGUUGUCUUCCUGGAGGUCGUCGAUGCGUCGCGAUGGUGGCAGCUGCGAGCAGUCCUCGAUGACAUGGAAGAAGAGUUGGCGCAACAUCUUCCGGCGUAUAUGAUGCCCUCAUGCUAUGAACCUCUUCCGAUCAUGCCCCUGGACACGUCUGGCAAAAUCGACCGCAGAAGACUACGAGAGUUGGGAAAGAAAUUGGAGCUCGCCCAGCUGACAAGAUCGCCGAAGAAUGAUUGUAAUGCCUCGCCCCCUAAGACCAAGUUCGAAAUCUCUUUGCGCCAGAUGUGGGCCCAAAUCCUGCAUAUCCCACUCGAGACGAUCGAUUGUCACAGUAGCUUCUUCCGCAUGACUGGUGACUCGAUCUCAGCCAUGCAGCUCAUGUCUCUUGCUCGUCGACAAGGCUACUCACUCACAGUCUCGGAUAUCUUGGCACAUCCUCGUUUGGCAGACAUGGCGGAGAAGAUGCAAGAAAUCGAAACAGGGGGUGAUGGCAGUGCAGUCAUCAAGCCCUUUUCGCUUCUUCUGAGUCCUGAUAAGUUCUCUGAGGUCCGACUCGAAGUUGCUCGACAGUGCGAAGUGGAUGUUGAGAGCGUGGAGGACUGUUAUCCUUGUACUGCUGUUCAGAAGUCACUCCUCGCUGUGACUUCGAAGAGGCCGGGAGAUUACAUUGCACGGAUAUCGAUCGAGCUGCGCGAGGAUGUUGACGUUUCACUGCUCCGAAAGGCUUGGGAACUGGUGAGUAGCACUGUUGCGCCCAUUCUCAGAAACAGAGUCGUUGCUGUGGAUGGCGAGGGCUUCCUUCAAGCACAAUUGAAGACAGCUCUGGAAUGGAACACUUUCGACAGCCUCGGGGCAUUCCUGGAGCAUAUGAAUGCUCGAUCAAUGGGGCUGGGAACUUCACUCACACGAUUGGCGCUUGUCCAAGACUCGAAGAACAGGAGAACGCUGUGUAUUUUGGAACAACAUCAUGCCGUAUAUGAUGCUGUCUCGAUCGCAAUAUUGCUACGGGAGGUCAACAAGGUGUACAAUGGGGACACCUUACGCAAACAAGCAGCACCAUUCCAGAGUUUCAUCUCGCACGUGCUCAGUGUGAACAAGCAAAGAGCAAAAGACUUCUGGAGACAACAAUUCUCCAAUUGCAACGCUACUCCUUACCCUCCUCUUCCCUCGGAGCAAUAUCAACCACAAGCAACUGACACGGUCUCGUGUGAGAUUGUAGACAUUCCCUGGCCGAAGCAAGACGUUACUCCUGCGAUUGUUGUACGAGCGGCGUGGGCAAUCCUUUCGGCACGGUAUACUGAUUCUGAAGAUACUGUGUUCGGCGUACUCAGCACCGGCCGUCAAGCGCCAGUGGACGGCGUGGAAGGGAUGAUUGCCCCUUUAAUUGCCGCUGUCCCUGUCCGCGUGCAAAUGAGUCCCACCACGACAGUCCACCAGCUGCUGGAGGCGAUGCAAAAGCAAUAUAUUGACACGAUUCCAUUUGAACAUACUGCUUUGAGCGACAUUCAGAGCGCAAGUGAGGAUGCCAGCAUGGGUACCAAAUUCAACACGCUGUUGAUUGUGCAACAUUCCAUGCAAGCCCCUAGUUUGAUGCCAGAACAGGGGCCGUUCGUGCGUGUCUCUUCCUCUUUGGAUGAUGAUGAUGGAAGUUUGAAUCACUUCAAUCCUCAUGCGAUGAUGGUCAUGAUUCACCUACAAGGCUCCACUGGUCUGCAUAUAGAGGUCAAUUUCGACUCGAAUGUGAUCAAUCGACCUCAAGCAAGCCUUCUUCUCGGCCAUUUUGAGCGAGUCCUACGUGAAAUUGGCGCGGCCACCUCCCAGAACACUAUCCAGGAUCUCAGCGUGCUCGGUCAGAAAGAUAUUGACACUAUAUGGCAAUGGAACGCGACAUGGCCAGCGGCUGUGCCGUCUUGCGUGCACGAUUUGUUUACUGCCACCGCUGCAGCCUAUCCCGACAGUCAAGCGCUUUGUUCAUGGGAUGGUGAGCUUUCGUAUAAGGAGUUGGACAAUUUGACAGAUCGAUUCGCUCGAAUUCUGAUCGCCCGUGGCGUUGUGCCGGGCACAGUGCUGCCUUUGUGCUUCGACAAGUCUCUGUGGCAACCAGUUGCAGCGUUGGGUGCGGUGAAAUCAGGGGCGGCUUGUGUCUCCAUGGACAUUACGCAGCCAGAAGGACGUCUGAAGUCGAUUGUCACCAGGAUUCAACCCAAGUUCAUUCUGUCAUCCGAAGCCAACCAGAGUUUGGCCAGCAGAUUGUACGACAACGCGGAGAUUAUCGUGGUCAAUCGACAACUCCUGAACGAGCGGCAAUUCGACAACCUCAGCGUCGAUUUACCCCUGGUCAGCCCGAGUGACCUCCUAUAUGUCGUCUUCACUUCUGGCUCUACUGGAGAGCCCAAAGGUGUCACUACCACACAUGAGAACUUUAGCUCUGCUGUCACACACCAGAGAGAGCAACUCAAGGUCGGGCCUGGCACGCGUGUCUUUGAUUUUGUUUCAUACAGCUUUGAUGUAUCGUGGUCCAAUCUACUCAAUACCUUGACAUGUGGCGGCUGUCUCUGUAUACCGUCCGAGACGGAGCGCAAAAACGACAUUCCUGGCGCUUUCAAUCGCUUAGGGGCAGACUACGUGUACUUCACGCCCACUGUCGCUUGUUCAUUGAAUCCCCUGGCGUUGCCUGGCCUCAAAAUCUUGGCCAUGGGAGGUGAGAAGAUCCCAUCCGCCGAGUUGGCUCGUUGGAGACAAGUCGAGACUGUUGUGGGCACUUAUGGUCCCGCCGAGUGUGCACAAGCUACGUGUAUCACCGAGCUGACCAAGGAUAGUCCAUCGGGUUAUGUUGGCCACUGCUUUGCUGCCCGGGCCUGGCUGGUUGAGCCCGGGCGAAUCGAUCGGUUGGCGCCUAUUGGUGCUGUCGGAGAACUUCUCAUUGAAGGACCACCUGUGGCAACAGGCUACUGGAAUGAUCCGGACACCACGAGCAAGGCAUUUUUCGACAGUCCGGCGUGGCUGUGUAAAAGUGGUCGGAUAGGCACGACGGCGCCGCGGGUGUACAAGACAGGAGAUCUCCUUCGAUACAAUGCCGUCGACGGUUCCAUGACUUUUAUCAAUCGAAAAGACCAAAUGGUCAAGCUUCGCGGACAACGAGUCGAGCUGAGUGAAGUCGAACAUCAUAUUGGGAAUGCUCUUCGCAAACAUACCACGCUGUGCGAUAUGGUCGCUGCAGAAAUCAUCACCCCCUCGAACAGCAAAGCCCCUAUUCUGGCCAUGUUCCUGGCUCUGAGGCGAGACAUUCCUUCACACGAGAGGUUAGAUCGUACAUUCCGCUUAUCCAGAGCUCUCGAAGAUGCCGAAGAAGACAUUCGAGACAUUCUGCCCCAGUAUAUGAUACCGGGAGCAUACAUCACAUUGGAUGAAUUGCCCAUGACGACUACGAACAAAAUUGACAGACGAGAACUUCGUCGUCUUGGAGGCCAGAGAAAACUCGAAGAUUUGGCGAGUAUGCAAUUGUCAGGGAGUAGCAAGACAUCAUCCUCAUCAUUAUCGGUAUCACAAAAGGGGCCCAACACGGACAUGGAACGACGAAUCCAAGAGCUUUGGGGACAAAUUCUGGGAAUCGAAGUCUCCAGUAUCAAAUCUCAGAGCAGCUUUCUUCGAAUCGGCGGCGAAUCCAUCUCGGCCAUGAGGCUCGUGGCUGCGGCUAGAAAGGCGGGAAUAUCUUUCACUGUUGCGGACAUUUUUCGAAAUCCGAGAUUGAGUCAAUUGGCUGAAGUGGCCAAAGAGAUUAGCACGACUACAACACCCAACAACAAGAAGAAGAAUAAUCAUGCGAUGGAGAUUUCUCCUCGAAAACCUUUUUCCCUUCUACCAAAGACAGCAGAAACAACAACAACUACUACUUCCGAGCCCGGCGGUGGCGGCGACUACAUGGAUUUCCUCUCCACGACCAUCGAGCCUCUCCUAUCCCACGAAGUCGACAUCGACGACAUCCAAGACAUUUUCCCAACGACAAAUUUCCAAGAAUUGGCUGUUCGCGAAGCUUUGCAGAAUCCUCCUGGGAGACUACCAUAUUUCAUCCUCAAUCUCCCCUCGAAUGUCGAAAUCCCCCGUCUGAGACGCGCAUGUAAGCAAUUGGUUGAGCAUUUUGAGAUUUUGAGGACGGUUUUUGUGGAUGUCGAGGAAACGAUUUGGCAGGCUCAAUUGAGAUAUUUUAAACCAAGGUUUGAAGUUGUGAAGGUGAAGGAAGAGGAGGAGGAGGAGGAUGUCGAUGGGGCGAUCAAGCGGAUUUGUGAAGGUGAUCUUCGGCGUGGAAAUCGAUUGGGAGAAUCUUUUGUUGCUUUCAUGGCUGUUGUGAACAGCAGCAGCAGCAGAAGUUCGAAACCGGGAAAGCUGGUUUUCAAAAUCUCACAUGCGCAAUUCGACGAUUAUAGUAUCGAGGCCAUGUUCAAGGCUCUGGCAGCUUUCUAUCGCGGAGAGACUCUUCCUCGUCUACAAUUCGGAUUCGGAGAUCUCGUGGUGUAUCAUGAGAAGAGGAAGAUGGAAAGUUUGAAGUAUUGGCAAACUCGACUGAAAGGGGCUUCUCUUCCUCCUCUUCCUCCAACAACAACAACAACAACAACAACACUGGACUGUACUGCUUCCUCCUCCGCCAGCCCGUUAACACCCCAAGAUCGUCUAUCCUUCCACCGAAAAAUCCCUCUCCCCUCGCCUAAAAACUGCAAAGACAUUCCCCUCGCAACCCUCUUCCACGCCGCUUGCGCAAUUAUUCUCUCUCGUCGAACUCUUCCCUCUCCCAACAACAACAACAACAUCACCAACAAAAAAGAAAUCCUCUUCGGCCGCCUCCUCACAGGCCGCUCUAUGCUCCCCUCUCAGCUCUCCGACAUCGUGGGCCCUACACUUAUCGAAUUACCCGUACGAUAUAUUUUUAACGAUGAUGAUGACGACGAGAAUCUCUGGAGUGUAGCGAAAUGUUUACAAAAGAGAUUUCUGGAGGAUUCGAUACAUGAGGUUGUGGGUAUGGAGGAUAUUUUGAAAUUUGCGUCGAGGGAGAGUGAGAGCGGGAGUGGCAGGGGGGAUUUUGGCUGGAGGACGGGAUUUCAGAAAGCGGAAGAUGAAGAAGAUGAUGAUCAAGAGGAGGAGGAGGAGGAGGGGAGUAGUGGUUCAUUUCUUGAUUUUCCUGCGUGCAAGUUGGAAGUUUUUGAUCGACCGCAUCCUCCUCGGACAAGGCCGGAGAUUUAUGCUACGCCGAGGAGAGGAAAGGGGAAAGAAAAAGGAGAUUGGUUGGAGAUUAGUUUUGAAGGGAAUCGAGUUAUGCAGAGUGAGGAGAUGGUGAGGGAGGUGGUGGAGGAGAUUGCGGAGUUGCUUUUUGUGAAUUGUUGUGGUGGUGGUACUGAGAAGGAGGAGGAGUAG